AUGGAACUCGAAGCAACCCAUUUUCCCUUUUAUCCACCAAUCCAUGAAACCGAUCACUACCAUCUACAAUGCACCUUAGAAGAAGUCCUUUUUUCUUUCCAAACGGAAGAUCUCGAAGAACCAGUUCUUUCUGAUAGCUCGAGCGGAUGGGAGAUCAACAGACUGCUGGAGAUCGAGUCCGAUCUCUUCAUGGACUUGAGCACCAGCUCCUCCCCCGUCUUCGGUCUCGACUCCGCCGAAUUAACUCCACUGACGGAGGAAGAAACAACAGGAGCGGUCACCGAAUCAGAGUUGGUCGUUAAAAAGGGGUUGGAUUCCGAUUCUCCAUUGAUGGAAGAAUACGAGGAGAAGAGGCUGCCAAGCCUGUUGUUGAUGGGAGCUGAAGCCAUCGAAGCAGAGAACUUUCCGCUCUGUUUCUCAAUUAUCUCCGAGCUGACUCAGCUUGGAAGUAUCGUCGCUAAAACCGGCGACGCCUCUCCUUCGUCGUUAGAAAGGCUGGCCUGGUUCUUCACUCAGGGAUUGCGUCACAAAGCCCAAAUGAAUACUUUUAGCAACGAAAUUUUGCGACAGUUCCAACAACAGCCGCCAGAGCCUCCAACUUACUCUAUUCUCCAGGAGCUCUCUCCAUACAUGAAAUUCGGCCACUUCACAGCCAACCAAGCGAUUCUAGAAGCUGUAUUGGACAAUCGAAACAUCCAUGUCAUCGAUUUCGACAUCAACGAAGGUCUCCAAAGCUUCCCAUUGCUGAAAACUUUCCUCUCCGGGGUAACGAAUCGACUUGCGCCGAAACUAGUGGUGUUGGUGGAGGAAGAGGUGUACAACUUCGAGAAAAUCCCAUCGAUGUCGUUCGUGGAGUUCUUCUGUGAGGCCAUCCACCAUUACACUGCGCUAUCUGAGGCGUUGUCCGCGGAUGGGAUCGGUGGGAUAGGGCUGGAGAUGAUGGAGAAGGAAGUUUUGGGAGUGAGGAUAGUGAAUAGCUUGAGGGAGUUUCCUUGUAGGGCAAGUGAGAAGUUGGAGUGGGGGGAUGGGUUUGAGUCUUUGCAAAGAUUGUUCAAGGCAAGAGCUUUUAGUCACUAUAAUGUGUCUCAAGCUAACUACUUGGUGAGCUUGUUUAAUGGUGGCUAUUGGGUUCAACAUGAGAGGAAUCGGUUGGCAUUGUGUUGGAAGUCUAGGCCUUUGGUGACGGCUUCGAUUUGGUUGCCAAAGUGUGGAAGGAAGAGAAAGAAGUAG